CUUUCCCAGGGCGUCCGAAUGCUAUUGCGCCAGAAGAUCUGCUUCUACUCAACCUAGAUCAGCCCCUUUCUCUCCGAGAAAACUAUCUCUCGAUGAAGCUUGAGAUCUUCCUGUGCGUUGUCGGCCUCGCUGCUGUGUGCGGUACUGCCUCCUCCAACACCAACACGACGGCUACUGCGGCCAACCCGUCAGCUGCUGAUGCCACCACCAACGAGACGGUAGGGAGGCUGCCUGUCACUGUGUGUCGGUUCUCUCUUCAUCUGCUGUUGUGAAUGUGUGUGUGCAGUCGGUGUCGAUGCCCGAGGCAGAUCUCGAUGCCACUCCUCUCGAUAACAGCGUGGGCAUUCUUAGUUGCUGACACAUCUUCUUAUUGGUGACACUGUGUGUAUGUGUAUGUGAGAGUGUGCAGGUUGCUGAUGGCGAGGACGGCGGGAGUCGCCGUCUGCAGUCGGAUGAGCAAGUCUUCAGAGAAACCGUUUCACACGAGGGCGUCAGGAGGUGUGACAAGUCGGCCCUCAUCGAGAAGGGCGAGGCAAUAGGCCGUGAGCGUGCAAGGGAGUGGGGGGGCGGAUGGCGCCUCGAGUCUGUGGAGGUUGUGGGGGACCCCGAGCCAACCACGACCAGGAGAAGUGCCGACACACCGAGUAGCUGCUCCAUAUCUGGCACCGUGGAGAUCACGCUUGUCACGGUAUCAUCCACGCGGAUCUGUGGACACAGCUGUGUGAAUCCACCUUUGUGUGCUGUGUGUGCAGUGGAAAAAAAUCGGCGUCCUCAACAAAUGCGACGAGCCCCUCAGGAUUAUCGUCCACUACAAGCCGAGGUCCGGCGACUGGGUCUGCAGUGACUGGUAUAGUGUCAGUCCCGAUGACGACAAGGGGUACUUCCCCUUCCAAGUGGAUGGCGAGUGGGAGAUCUACUGGUACGCGCACACCACCGUCAGCGGCGCGCGGUGGCGCGGCUACGGCGACGAUAUCAAGGAGUGCGAGGGAGAGGAUUUGGACAUGCAGGUGGCAACAUUGGAUGAGGACCUCGACUAUGACGGCAAUUUCUUCCUGAGACUGACAUGCGACCGGCGCCUCCUCCGAGGACGCCAACUCGAUCGCUGAAGCAAGUUGAAGCCAAAUGGGAGGGAGAAAAGGCCGUGUGUGCUUCAUGUGGGGUGGGUUCACGUUAUGUGUGAAUGAGCACAUCUUUUUCGUGUCAUCGAAUCUGGAUGGGAGAAAGGACGCCUGUACUGUAUUUGUUGUGUACCUGCUGCUUUCCCACCCGCUCGAGUCGAGUGCUUGCUCCUAUGUGAGUUGCGCUAGUCGCGUAGCUGGCCGCCGACACGCUCCCCCCUCCCUCCCUCCCUCGUGCGUUUCUUGGCCUUCCGUGUUUUUUGGGCCAAAUCCUGGCGGCUCUCUCGAGUGUGGCUUUGGGUGUGAGUGUGGGUAUGGGGUGGCAGUAAUGUGUCCUACACAUCGUGAGCGUGUGCGUCGUUGAGGGCCUGGAACUGUGGAACAGACGGAUUGAUGGGCGGGACUGGGUGCUGCAUCGGUGAACGGAUUGGAUCGAUGGACUGAAG